AUGAAGCGAAAAGACGCCACGGAGAGUCCGGUGCAGGCCAAACGCCAUCCCAGACAGGAUCCGGUGUCCUGCCAGUUCUGCCGCAAGAAAAAGCUCAAAUGCGACCGGCAGCAGCCCUGCAGCAGUUGUCUGACCCGUCGUUUGCCGUGCUCUUUUCGCACAAAUCCCCCUGUCCACAGCGAAAAUGCCGCCAAACCAGCACGUCCGGCCUGGUCGCAGCCCCCGGAGAGUCCUCAGAAGGAUAUCUCUGGCCCAGCGCCUCCAGGUCCGGGGCUCGUCGGCAGCAAGGAGUCGCUGGCGACCGCAGACUGGCUGGAGCACAUCCACAUGGGCGACCGGGUGCCAGCAGCAGUCUCUCCGCAGCUCAGGGCCGAACUCAACGAGAAGCGACAUGGAUACGAUGAAAUCAGCGGUGCUGCUCACGUCUUGCUCUCUAUCACCACGCAGUCCUGGGCGCCGAACCAGAAUCCAGCCACGGUCGACCUGAUCCAGUUUCUCCCUGCCGAGUCGGACGCGCUGGCUCUCUUCAGCUACUUCUGUCGCUAUAUCAGCUACUUGUACCACAUCAUCAUCCCCCAUGUCGUCGAGGGCCAGAUCAACGAGGUGUAUCGCUGCGUGGAGCGCAGGGACCCGGUGAAUCGGAGCUACCUUGCUCUGGUCUUCGCCAUCACCGGGUCUUCGCUCUUCCUGCAGUGCUCGAUACAGUCGUCGCGCCACGCAGCAAUGUGCAGCCAGCGGUUCUCGUUCUUGACUGGCGCUGCUCUGACCCAGGCAGACUAUAGAUCCUAUCCAACAGUCGAGGGUCUCCAGGCUGCCCUGAUUCUCUUUCACAACAUCUCGCACAUACAUAGCUGCACUGCCGUCAGUGGCUUCUUCACCAUCGGGUCGAUCAUCGACCAGGCGAAGGCCAUGUUGCUGCAUCGAGUUGAUACGCAGUCUGCUGAGGGGAGGAAGGAGAAGCCAGUAAUGCUGGAGACGAAGCGGCGGUUAUGGUGGGAUAUCGCGUCAUUUGACUGGUGUCUGGGCUUCCUGAGCGGGCCUCAGGAGUGGACAUAUCUGGUCAAUCCAGCCUUCACGUAUACGAACAAGCCGGGCAACAUCGACGAUACGGACAUGACCAGCAACCCAAUAUCCCAACCCAGCACAACCCCCACGGCCAUGUCCUUCUUCCUCGAGCGCCUCAAACUCGCCGAGACAUGCCGAUGCAUCGUCGACACCAUCUCCGCCGAGCAGCUCACCGGCACAGAAGUCGAGUACUCCAAGAUCCUCGAUCUAGAUCGCAAGAUCCAGAACACCCAGGCCCAAUCUCCCGAUUUCCUUCGUCUCGACCCAAGUUCCCGCCGGCGCUAUGCAGCACUCUAUGAAGAGCACCCUACUAUAGCCUGGCAGGGAUGCAUCCUGCAGCAGGCCUGGUACUCCCGUCUGUGCCGUCUGCACCGCCCCUUCUUCAUCCGAGGGGCGCGCGAUCCGACCUAUUCCUACUCGUACAUGACCGGCCUAAGCGCGGCUCGCAAGGUGCUCGAGAUCAAGCGCCUCAUGGACGAGGAGGAGCCGCGGUUCUCGCCGUCCAGCUCGAUGAUCUGGUCCAUCAUGCACCACGUCUUCAUGGCGGCUGUUAUGUUGUUACUUGAUGUAUGCUACAACGCUGACGAUAUUCUCGCCGAUAAGCGCAAGGAAGAGGUCCUCGACGCUUGUCGCAUGCUCAGCAAGGCCCAGCAGUCCUCGGCGCUGGUGAAGGAGGGAAUCUAUGCAAUGAUGGGCGUACUGCAGGGAAACUAUAACAGAAUAGGUAACCCCGUCUCUACUACUUCGGGAUUAGUCACUGGGGUUCGGGUUGAUGCAUUGGAUUCCCAGAUGCUUGCCCCGCCUGUGGUGGUGGAGGAGCCCAUGCAUGCGUCCUUUAUCGACCUAUCUGCUUCGUCGGACAGAGCUCGGGCCCAGGAGGAUAGAGACUUGGAGGAAAUAUGGUCUGAGCUGAUUGACAACGGUGGCAAUAUGGACUUUGAUGCGGAGGACUGGACGGGCUUGUUCUCUAAUCUGACACGAGGGACUCAACCUCCUAGGUAG